GAUCGCGUUCAGGAAAUUGAGGAUGCGAUUCAGGCAAAGAUCACCGAUCGUCUCUCCCAGUUAGAGGAGAGUUGUGGAUCGACCCAACUUUCGCCAGCAGAAAUCAACAGCCUCUAUCUGGAGGUUGUCCAACCCGAUGCCAAAGGACGUAUAUACGGCGUCGGUGCAAUGGCGACUCAGUUGGGUGGUGGUUAUCCGGAUGCAACAUCCAUCGGUCACCACGUCUCACUCACUAGGGAGGUCGAGCUGUUGAAGAAAAAGAUUCAAGAGUUCGAGGAGGAUCGCAGGAAGAUUGCUAGACUUGAAGAAGCUGAGGCACGGAUUGCGCGUUACGAGACGCUUUUCGCCCGGCUAUUUCCUCCUCGAGACGACCCACCAACGGCGCAAGAUAUGCCGUUCAACCCAUUUUUGACUCCUCAGCCCGGAGUCGGACCUUCUACAACACCCGCGGACCAAACAACCGGAUCAGACAAUCCGGAUAAUUUUUUUGUUUAG